AUAACAGGGUGCUCCUCUGUCCUGCUCCUGUCUGUUUAAGCACCUUGGAGAACUCCGCUCCUCAGCAGAGCGCACUGCAGAGGUGGAAUCGGGUUUAUGCGUAAACUACGUCAAAUCCGCACGGAAGUGCCGAGUGCUGCACUGGCUGGGCUGCCUCGUCUUCGCCCUUUGUUGAUGAUGUCGGCCGACGGUUAACCGUUUCAUGUUUUGCCUGAGUCGCUCUGUGCUGGAUCCCCCCAUCCCCCCGCCCCACCCCCCGUGUCCUCGCUGCCUGGAUAUCAGAGGUGUUAUGAUUUAGAGCGAUGCGUUGUGCUUCAUAUUCAUCAUCCGCUUGAUCGGGUUUCACUGGAUUGGCCGAGGCGAGAUGCCAUUCAAGAGACUCUCCCAGCGUGCAUGGGGUUGCGGUAUAAACAGCAUGGCCAUCGCACAUUCCACUGGGUCUAAAUAUAUCUAUUAAGGCCACAGGAGGGGGGAGGACUUGUGUCGUUUAUCCUGGGAGGUUUCACUGUCGUGGUGAACUCGCACCACUUGAAUUAUCUUCCGGAGAUUGGAAAUCGGUUUGAGGAGAACUUGGCCCCAUCCAAAACAUGCCCUCGAGUUACAAUGUGAGAUCGAGGGCUCGGGAGAGAAACAACGUCCUGACGAGACCCGAGUUCGUAUCCCUGAACCAGCCUCUCCGCGGCGGCGGCGGAAAUGGCAGUGGCGUCGGCGGCCCCUCGGAGAGCCGAGGCGGCGCGAGGCGACCGGGUCCGAUCAAGCACCAAACCAGCCUGCCGAGUGAAGAACCGACCGACAGUGGCAGUAAGGACAAGAGAGAGCCGGGCAAAAUGCCGGAGGAAGACUGCAUGCUGCUGAACCCUUCAUUCAAGGGGAUAGCGAUGAACUCCCUGUUCGCCAUUGACAUCUGCAUGUCCAAGCGCAUGGGGGUGUGCGCCAACACGUCCUCCCCCUGGGGAGGCUGCCGCUCCAUGGUGGCCCUGUUAGCGCUCACGGGGCACGGCAUCACGUGGAUCAUUGGCACUAUCGUGUGUCUCGCGAGGAGUAACACUCUGGCAGGGCAAGAGGUGCUGGUCAACCUGCUGCUUGCCCUCAUUCUUGACAUCCUGACGGUGGCUGGACUCCAGAGGCUGGUGAAGCGCAGAGGACCGUGGGAGAUGGCGCCGGGCUUCAUGGACUGCGUCGCGAUGGACAUCUACUCCUUCCCUGCUGCUCACGCCAGCCGGGCCGCCAUGGUCUCCAAGUUCUUGCUGUCUCACCUGGUCCUGGCUGUGCCGCUACGCAUCCUGUUGGUGCUGUGGGCCCUCCUGGUGGGCAUGUCCCGGGUGCUGCUGGGGAAACACCACCUAACUGAUAUGGUGUGUGGCUUUGCGCUGGGCAUGCUCCACUUUAGCUUGAUGGAGUCGGUGUGGCUCACAUCAAGCACCUGUCAGAAUCUUAUUUCCAUCAGCACGCUCAGCUGGAGCCCCUUUUUCUGAGCUUUUGAUAUGAGGCUAUGCUCGCACACAAGGCUUAUUUGAUACACUAACCUCACAAUGUCAAGGACUUAGGUCUGAUGAAGUUAUUUUUGUAAGGGUUUGAAGUUCUUAUUGCAGGGUGUCAACAGAGAAGCAUUCAUAUUUAGGAAUCCGAUGCUGGAUUUGCAUGUAGCAUCUAAGACAGGCAGGUCACAAGACAUCCCGAAACAUUCAUAAUGCUUCACGAAUCCUAGUAGCUAGUACUAAAACACGCCUCUACUGCUCCUGGCUCCCAAUUAAGUACUAAUGAUAAAAGGAGAACUAAGACUACUGCAAGCUCAUAAUUUGGUGACAAUGUAAAUGUAGGAUUUUGAAAGAUUGUUUUUCGUUGUUGUUUUUUCGAUUUGUGAUGAUUAUACAGUAUGAAAGCUGGCGCCAUUUAUCCAUAACUGAACUAUUCAACAAAUGAUCUCUUGAGUCUGUGUGCCUCUUCCUCUUUGCCAUCUUACUUCCUUUUACGUCCUCCUUCCCUGCUACCUCUUCCUCUUUUCUCUUUUGUUUUGAAUAUUUGUGUUUUUCUUAUUUGGAAUGCUGAUAUACUUCAACUACAUGGUGGAAGGCUAUAAUAUUGGAUGUACUACUAAAAUAUACAAAAUGAUUGUUGUUUGGACAUCCCACAUUGUUCCUUCUUUGGCAUGACUAUUAUGUUUGUAUAUCUCUGAGGGGAUUCUGUUCUUCUUACCGAAUGUUUAUCAAAUAUGAACCUUUUUUGAUGACACUGAAUUUAGCUGCUUGUGUAAAAGAAAUGUCACACUCACGAAAAAAUUUAAUAUUUUUCUUAUGGGGGUAAAGUAUCAUUUCCUUAUAACGUGCCAUUUAUGCUUUAAUGAAUUUAAUGGGUUUUUUUAUAGCAGAUAUUUCUCUUCAGCUCUUUCAAUUCAUGCUGCUGUAGUCAGCACAUCAGCCUAACAGAUGCUUAUUUAUGGUCAAUGCUGAUUGUGUGCCCCAAAAAACAACUGAAGCGUGUGUGUGUGUGUGUGUGUGUGUGUGUGUGUGUGUGUGUGUGUGUGUGUGUGUGUGUGUGUGUGUGUGUGUGCGUGUGUGUGUGCGUGAGUGCGUGCGGGAAUAUUGGCAUACAAAGUAAAAAAUAUCAGUUAGAAAUAUCCGAUUGAACAAAUAAUAUUUUAUUUUCACAUUUUUUUUAUGGACCUUUGAUUAACAACUUCUGGGUUUUUUGUUGCAAGCUUUUUUUUGUGGUUUGAUGUGUAAAUACAGUUUGUUGUCGCCUACAUUAGUUUUCAUAGUUCUGUACAGGGAUCUGUAUGCCAUGUUUGUACUUUGUUUUUUUCCAGCAUUAAUAAAAAUGAGGCGGGCUGUCAGUAAAACGUG